ACCUACAAGCUGUUAACAGACGAUGCUGUCUGUCGUCGAUUUGACACAGCGUUCGGCGCUGUUCGUGUCUUCGGUUUGGCUCUGUCAGGAGCAGGGCGAGAGUGCACAAUGGUUUACUUCGUCGCCUGCUUGGAUAACUGGCUGCUUGGCACUGACUUACUGCUGCUACUGUCAGUUGAGUUUCGACAGUCCGUGUAUACAGAGGUGCGUCUAACGUUGCGACCGAUACGAAGAUAAUUGAAAAGCGCGUCUGUUUGUCUGUCUGUCUGGCCGCCUGCCUGUCUCACUGAAUGUCUAGUCUUGUUGUCGUUAUUGACGUCGAUUUUCGCCUUUUUUGCCUUUCGCCUCUGUCGUGUCGAAGGAAAACGCUACGCUAUAGAUCGCGCGCGAGUGCCUAAAUGUGUGUGUCUGUGUGUGUACACGUCAAGUUGUGUGUAUGUGUGUGGAAAAUUUCUAACAACACACUUGCGCUAACUUCGUUUGUCGGAGAAGAACGACAACCAUAAACGAUAAUAAGAGUGGCAAUAACAACUAACAGCAAAAAUCAUAAAAAAACACGCAAAAACAAACAAAAAAGUGAGAAGCUAAAAAAAAGUGGCAGAAAAACGGAUGGAAGCCGAGAAUUUCAAAUUAAAAAGUUUUCUACAAAUUCACACUUCAUCACCUCUGCGACUAGCCACCGCACCGACCGCUACUGGCCCAAACUGUGUGCUACUCAUUCCAGUAAAGGACCACUAAACACUUUCGCCGCAGCAGGACAUUAUUGUCUGUUGGUGGUGGUCACACUCCAACUACCAACUAUUCUGCCAACACAGACGGUAGAACUGCUUCAGCCAUCCACAGCGUUUCAAUUCAUUCUGAGUCCACAUUGCAAUCGCUGUAAUAAUCGUUACGAAGCGUUACUGUCUACGACGACGGCGUUGAGGCAAAGCCUUUAAUUGACGACGAACAGCGGUUGGAGCAGCAGCAGCAGCAGCAACGACGAGCAACAACAAGCCGCGCGGACGAACGAGCGUACGAACACAGUUUGCAGAAAAGGCGUCACCGUGCUUGCCACACUCAGUGCGAGGCAGCCGCAGUGACAAGAACACAAGGCAACCCCGAAAAAUAGAAAAAAAACGAAGCAGCAGCAGCAGCAGCCAGAAGCAGUAGAGGCAUCCGUCGCAGUGGUAGAAUCCAGUAGUAGCAACAUUGGCCGUGGCAGUUAGUGCCAGCAACAAAGAGCUAGCUAUCAAGAAAUCAUUCUAAAACGGCAGACAACAGCGCCAACGAGCUAUCAGUGGUAGCAGCCAGUACCUUGACCAGCAGAAGACGAGACUGGCGUCGACCACUACCAUUUUGACCACUGAUAAGAGCGAACGACCAGCGAGCAGUAGCGCGCAGCCAAGAACACGCAGCAAAGGUGCACAGUGGGUUAAGGAAUACGGGACCAAAGGAAACAUUGGCACUGCACUAGCAGGCGAUUGUCUUCAGCGCAGACACCAAUGUGAGCUUAAAGGCAUCGAGUAAUAUAAAGUGAAAAUAAAAGAAGACGAAGCGCGCACUUGACGUACCGUUUAAUAAUUAAGCGCGUUUUCGCUUAAAGCGUUUCCAUUAUUUUCGUGUUAUUGCUUUCGCUGCGCCACGUUCUUUGAGUGACAUUUCAGUGAUAAACGAGCAUUUCAUUAUCAGUCUUCAUUAACAGCCUCCACAGCAGCUUUGUAGUUGUGUUUCCGCAAACGAAGUUGCCAACAAAAGUGUUGUUCGCAGAGAAGUCAGCAAAGAAAAACAGUUUUUUUUUCGUAAUUCAUAUAAAAGGCAGCAGCGCACGCGAGCGGAUAUCAGCGUCAUUGUCGUCGCUGAAAGCAGCUAUAAUUUUUACAAAAAUUGCAACCACAAAAAUAUUAUACACAUAUACAAAAAUAAAAAACUAAAUUAGUGAAAAGCGACAAUUAUUUUUUAAAAAAUUUUACGUAAAAUAAUCCGAUAAAUUAUCAGCGUUAAAAUAAAAUGCAACAUUUUCUAAGCUGAGGAAAUUUUUAAGUGAGCGUCGAUAAAAUUCCAUUCGAUUUCGAGAAACGAGCGACUAGCAAACAAUAAACGAAACGCCUGAAAGUAGACAUUAAAGCUGCCAAAGAUGUUCUCCAUGUGUUCGAAAGUGAAGCCACGAAACUCAACAGUGAAUACACAACAACCAACGGGCACAGUUGGGAAACAGAUCAAAGGAGGAUACUUGUUGCGUUACAAAAAGCAAUUACUCUGGAAUCGCUGGGCCGAGGAAUGGGUCGUGCUGUAUGAUGAUUCAACAAUGGCUUGGUUUACGGAACCCGGCCGGUCAUCGCCAGCUGGUAAAAUCCUAGUCAAGGAAGCGCCCGAAAUGUUGGCCAUUGCACAUUGGACUGGUCAAAUACCGCGCCGUCCACCACUGCCCGAAGGCUGUAGUGUGUCACAGUUGAUUGCAUUGGGCUCGAGAAGAAAGCGCUCCAAAGUCUACUGGAUGUUGGCCAAAUCGGAACAGGAAGUGAGCGACUGGGUUGACGCCAUUACCAAGACGCUGCCGCCACCACCACAAAUUGAGCUCGUAGUUGACAAGCCGCAUCUUAUGAAUGUCUUACGUCGGCCACUGGUGCGCAUCCGCCCGGCCACUACGUCGGAGGUGAAACAGCGUAAAGUUUCGGCGCAUAGAAGCAGCAGCGCUCAUCCGGCUUUGGCUCAUCACCGCACGUUCUACGUACAGGAUCCGUUGGUGAAGAGCGAUGCCGCCGUUGCUAUAUUGAGUAAAAAACCCGAUUCGAAGCCGGCUUUGGCCUGCGCAUUGCCCUGGGGACACGGUUGGGGCUGGGCCACUUUGCCGAAUGGUGUGUGGAGUGGCGGUCUCACUUGGUCGCAGUGUGAGGACACUUUUACCCUACACGCACUGCCCACCACGCACUGCACCAAUCUUGUAGACACGUCAUGUAGCGGCGCCGUCUAUCACACCGACAUCGGCGGCUUCGAUUUCCAUUCGACCGGCGUGGAAGAUCUUGGCGGUGAGGACUUCGACUAUGCCAUGGAUUGUGGAGAUUUCAUAUUUUAAGCGUUAACACUGCUAUGCAAAAGAUAAUGUGAAUCCACAAAAAGCAAUAGAACAGGAAGUGGAUGCGCGGCAUUAAAGAGGCAGAAGAAAAGGAGGAUAAGAAUUUCAAAAAAAUAACAACAAAAAACAUUUUAACUGAAAAAAUAUAACCACCCCACCCUAGAAACGAGUGCAAAGGCACUUGAACGCUUAUAAGUUAAAUAACAAAAACAAAAAAAGAAAACAAAUAAAGCCAAAAACUAGUUUAAUUAGCAGGGGCUCGAAAGAAAAGCCAAAUAAUGGACUCACCUUCUAGUACUUUGGAAUAAAUUUUCACAUUUUCGCUGCACCCGAGUCUUGAACGAAGAACGAGCCGAACUGCAAAAAAAUUAAAAUAAAAUUUAAAAGUAAAAGUAAAAAAAUAACAAAAAACAAGAUCUAUAGAAAUAUUGAAUUAUGUACAUGUUAACUAAUAUUACGGGUAAUAGGAGAACGAAUUUUCAGUUGGGUUCUCAACUGCGUGACAAUUUCGAGUUUUUGCAUUUUAUAAACGCCUUCGUUUAAGCGAAUCGACCGACCUGUGAGUGGAAUGGCAGAAUGGAUGAAAAUUACUAGCCAAAGAAAUAAUAAAACAAAGAAAAAAUAAAAACAAACAAAUAAGCAAAACAACAACAACAAAUAUGAGUAUUCCAAUGGAUUUCAAAAGAUGCCAAAUUUUUGUAAGACGCCACAAAAACAGCGCAGCAGGGAAAACACUGACCCACAUUUAGGCGCCGGGUGCACCUAAGGGACGGGUAGCUGGGAAUUAGUAUUACUUAUGUGUAUAUUGUAGGGAUGUUUACACACGACGUCGUCAAUAGUUGUAGUUGAAAUUUAACCAAUCAUAGCGCAUAUUAAAACAAAAAUUAAACAAAAGCAAAAACAAAAAUUUAAAACCUGAAACAAAAACAAAAACAAAAAAAUAUAAAGUAAAAAUUUGAAGAAAAAAAACCAAAAGUAGCCGUAAAUUGAAAAAAAGAGAUUUAGCAUUUUCAGCUGAUAGAAAAUGUUUAUUUUUAUGUGUAUAUGUACGUAUGUAUGUGUGAAGCAACAUAAUAGGGGACGCAAAGAAUUUAGAAACCAUAGUCAAGUUUUGAAAACAUAAAAUUAAAACCAAAAAAAACGCUAAAAAAUAUUACGUGGUAUAUUUGUAGGUUACCAAAACAGCAAACAAAACAAAAACAACAAAAACGAAGUCAAAAUCACAUACACAGACACAAAGUACUCAUUGAUCUGCCAAAUAGUUUUGAAAGAUAUUUAAAGUAGGUAUUGUAUUGAAAUUAAAGAUGUAUUAAAUAAAAGAAAACAUUAAAAAGAUAACAAAAAAAUAACAAGAACAAGGAAUCGUUGUACACAAGGAAACGCCACCAAGCAACAAUGCGAAACACGAGCAACAUUUAAUUGACAAUGCAAAGUUUUUUGAAAUGCCGAAUUGAUUAUAGAUUUUUUAAAUGAUUUUUCGAUUUUUUACUGUUUUUACGUAACGAGAGAUAAAAUUAUUACAAAAAAAAACACAAAAUAAUUAAUUAGUAAGAAAAAAGUAAUUUUAGCGAAAAAACUAGGCAAACCACGAGCAACAUGCUGGCAAUGUUCUCCGUUAAAUUACAAAAACAAUUGUCAAAUUUAUAUAGUAUAUAGCGAUAAACACACUUGUCGAGCAAAAUAAGUAAAAAUAUAAAAAAAAUCACAACAAAAAUUAACAAAUGUUUGUAUGUAGCAAAAAAAAAAAAAGAAAAAAUAUAGAUUAUUAUAAAUUUCAAGCGCACGGCAUGAAAAGCGAAAAAAAUAAAUGUCAACAAUAUUUUUUGUGGGGUUAAAGAAGAAAAAGCAAAGAAACAAAUUACAACAACAUUUUAUGCAAAAUACAACGGGACAGAAAAGAAACACAAAACAAAUAAAAAUUCAGUCAUACACCAGUGUUGCAUUGCACGCGAAAUAGAAAAAGAAUAUUUUCUAGUUACAAUUAGAGAUCGGCCAAUAAACCAAAGUUUCAAUUAAUUACAGAACAAGAGUAUACUAAAUACUAACAGAGAACGAAGAAAGCCAAAAGAUUGUAAAUGAUGUUUCAUUAUUGGUUGGCAGCUGAUGGUCGCCCGCAACUAGUGUUCCUUCCUACACCGAAAAACCUCAACAGCACCAACAACAACAAGAAUUCAUAAUGCGCUAAAAUAUCACAAGACUUUCAUAAAAGUAUAGAAAGAGAGAGAGAGAUAAUUAUAGAUUGGACACGGUGAUCCUUUAAAGCUAAACUAGAAGAGGUCUAAGUGAAAUGUAUGGGUUUCCCACAGAAAACAGUUCUAAUAAAUCUUUAAAAAAUUCAAAUUUGUGUUAAUUGAGGAGAUUAAUAUAAAUAGAGAAAAACUUACUUACUUUUCUCACUUUAAUUUUUAUUAUUCCAAGAAAGUGACGGCUGAAUUAUUGUUAAAAAAGAGUUGUUUUUAAUGAUGCGUUUAUAAUUUUCCGAAAAUAAUUUCAAAUUAAAUUGAAUGAUAUAUUAGCUUUUUCUAAUAGAAAGAAAUAAUAUACAUUGCGACAAAAAAGUGCCCGGAAAUAUUAUAAAUAUUAAAUACUAUUCAUUAAUAUUUAUUUGAAGUUUGGGGAACAAGAAAAAAUUACCAGAGCCAAAUCUGGCGAAUACGGUGGUUGAUCGAUGGUAUUCAUUGCAUUUUUGGCUUUAGAUUCGGUCACAAUCGUCAAUUACAGUUCAGCUUUAAUGGGAUGAGUCGAGCAAGAACGCGUUUCAUACCCAAAAUAUCCCCCCAAAAUCAUACGAACAGACUCACAAGAUAUCGAGCUUUUUGGCCAUCUCUCUAACACUUGCCUGAUGAUUUCAACCACAAUAUUCUUCACUUUUUUAAUAUUUUCAUCAAAUGAAGAGAUCGAAGGUCAUCCAGAACGAUCUCUCGACUCUCUUUGAAGGCUUUGUACCACUUGUAGGCCAUUUAUUCACAUGCCUGCUGGUUCAAUAUCUUACUAACUCAUCACACGAUUUCCAGCAGCUUUUAAAUAAACCUUCCCAAUUCCUUCGCUACAAUGUUACGAAUUUUCGAUGUGAAAUAUAUUUCCAUUUAAAAAUUUGACAACAAAAGAGUCACUGAAACCAUUAAAAAGUGGUGUGACAAAUAUCCGCAUUUUAUGCUGAACCACUGUAAACACACACUUACUAGGGAUAUUACUUUAACUACGAACUAUAAAAGGUAUGUACGUAUGAGUACGUGAGCUUUCGUGCUUUCCUGCCCUACAUACAUACAUACAAGUAUGUUUGUGCAUAUGUACAUUCGUGGAAACCGAUUGACAUGAACUUUUAUUGCCCUUUCCGUGCGCAUAUUUGUUUUAUGGCAGUUAAUUGAAAAUUCAUGUUGUAAUUCAAUUCGUUACCAUUUGUCAAUUAAGCCUUGAAAAAAACUCAUGUAAUAAAUAAAAAGUAUAUAUCGAAUAUGUAAAUAUUUGAAAAAUCUGUAAAAAUUAUAACUACAAUGAAAGACAAUUUCUUGUAAUUUUUUUAUUCUAUAGAUUUCAAAAUAUAAAGGGUGAGACAUUUCGAGAUUCCCUACUUUUUUUUAAAGGAAAAGCACAGGAACAUCAAAUUUAAUGGGGAAUGUUUACUAUCAUUCGAAAGAACAUUGUUUGCCAUAUAUUUUUUGAAAAUUAUCUCUUUCAAAUUUAGGCUGCGGCUACGUCUCAGAUGAUCUAUCCUUUGAGUCUAAUUUUUGAUGACUCAUUCGAACAUUUCGACUUCAAGACCUGAAUCGAGGCGUGAUUGACCGCAUUGGCCAUAGGCUUUACAUAUUCGACCGGCUCAAAACAUGAAAUUAUCUGCUCAUCUGCUAACUGAAGUGUGCUCUCAAUAAAUCCAUUGACUGUUGCGGUAAUUGGGAAGUGGCGCCAUCUAGUUGAAACCAAAUGUCGCCGAGAUCACGAGCUUUAAUUUCAAGCAUCGAAUAACCGACUGGUUAUCAUGGCGCGAUAACGGUUACCGUUGUUACGUUCUCACCAGUAUAGCUUUUGAAGAAAUAUGUAUGGAUGGAUGAUUCCACCGUCCCACACACCACACGAAACCGUUGUUUCUUCUGGUUUAAAUGGCAGGUUUUGAGUCUCUUCAGGUUGCUCUUUAUUCCAAAUGCGGCAAUUUUGCUUGUUUACAUACCCAUUGAGCUAGAAAUAAGCCUCAGCGCUGAACAAAAUUUGGCUCAAAAACGUCGUGUCUUCUUGGAACUUUUCAAGAGAGAUAAAACCUAUUAUUGGAAUAAAAGGGUUUGUGGUCUAACUGAUUUUUUCGUCAUUGAAUUUUACAUAAUAAGAAUCGGACAAAACUCUACCUCUACGGGAUACUUGUCACAGCAUCAACAGACGUUUUCUAGUUUGACAUACGAAUUUUUACGUGGUUGAUUUCAAAUAUUUAUAGAGUUGACAAAAUUCAAUUGAAUUGAACUGAAAAUUCAGAUAUUUAAUAUAUAUACAAUAUAACAUUUUAAUGAAUGCCGAAUGAUUCCGAUCAGGUUCCUUUAAAUAAAUUGACUGUACAAUUUCGGUAUAGUCAUAAACUUGAGUAAAUUUCCUGUAUGAAAAUGGUUAAUAAGUUCAAAACACGAUCUAAGUGAAAUUUUGAUUUAAAAGCGGUCGUCCUCAGCAAACCAGAAGCCAAUGCAAUAGAUCUUAGUUACAGUUGGAGGUGUAAAAAUGCAUAUUCAGUGCUGGUUAAAGGGAAACAUAACACCAAAUAACAGAGUGAAUACAUAAUUACAAAAUCUGAGUUUAGUUCGACGAUAGUUCAAUAUUUUUUCCGGUAUACCGAGACUUAUAAGUGAAAAUAAAUUUUGAAUUAAUUUUCUCACAUUGAAGUGAUGACUAAAAGAGGAAUGCAGGAAGGCAGGAGAAUAAAGUGAAAGCCCCUUUUACACAUAUGAAAACUUUGUAAGCAUGUACUUGUAUUCAUAGCACGGCCCGUUCCUGGACUAACUUUUGAUCCCACAGUAUGUAUGUACGCAUGUACUCGUAUUUACAUUGGUAGACUACAAGACUUAAGCAAUUGUCGCAGCGACAUUAAAAUAUUAUGUAUAGUAUGUUUAUGUAUGAAGUACGCAUUGUUUGGCUUUAUAUGUAUUGCAUACAUACAAAUAUAUACUCGUAUAUGAAAUGAUAAAAGAAAAAAGGUUAAAAACAAAAAUUAUAAUGAUGAAAAUAUAAUCGAACAAUAAUGCAAAAAUAAUGAAUAGCAAUGCCAAGAAGCAGCAAAAUGCAAUGUUAAUGAAGCAAAAAAAAAAACAAAAACAAGAAACGCUUUGAAUAUAUGUAUUUGUCGAAAAGGGUGUUGGUAUUUUAAUUUUUCAAUGUAAAAUGUGUCUUAGAAAAUGCAAAGUUUGCCACUAUAAUUUGGAAAUGUAUGUAUGUACGUGUAAAUUUUAAAAUUUAAGUGAAAAAAACAUAAAAAGUAAAGUGAUUAAACAAUUACUGUGUAAAAAAAAUUAAAACUGCACACUCGAAGAGCACACACAGUCGUUGCAUGUCGGCGCCAGAAAUCCAAAAAUUCAAAAAGUAUAAAUCAAUUUUCAAAAAUAUAUAUUAGAUAAAAAGUUGUUUUCGGACAUAACUGCAAAAGUGGCAUUUAUGGAAAAGUAUAAAAAUUAUUAACGGCAAUUUGUAACUCAAUUGAAAAAGGCGCUGACGUGACGUUUUAACCACAUUUACAACUGACGUAAACGUAAAAUGUAAUUUCGAAAACUCAAUUGACCUCCGACAAUCAUCAUAUGAUAUCUCAUCGUAUUCGGAAACUACUUUUAUUUCAAUAAUGAUUGAAUUUUGUUUAUAUUUUUUUGUUGUAAUUUUAAAUAUUCGCAAGCUUAUUUCGCCUAAUACAAAUAUUAUAGAAGUUUCAGUGAAAUUAAGAAGAAUUUAUUGAGGCUUUUAUUGUUUGAUUUUCCACUGACAUAAUUCGAAUCCGAAACUCUCUUACACAGCGGGCGUGACUCUGAUUGACGAAAAGUGCUCUGAAAUCCCACAAUUUUUUUACGCUUAAGUAAUUUUGGGCAUGAACUCUUAGUAGUCAGCGAUAUUUUCAGGCAGUGAAGACCAUUCUGACAAAAGACUUGAAAUUUAAAAUAAAUAUUGAUCGACUUAUCGAAAACGGUAUUUGGAUUCAACGAAGUCACGUAUCUGAAAAUAAAUGAAAUGAAUGAAAUAAAAGACGUUUCAAACAGACCGUUGAUUGAGUCAAUUAACAAUACUGCCUAUAAAUAUUCCAUUAAAUUUAAGUGGUUACGUUCACUUAGAAUUGUUUUUUCUUUGUUUUUGGUUUUAAAAGAGUCAUUUAAUUUAAUAGAUAUAUAAAUAACACAAUUUUAUUUACCGACUUUAAUGUAUUUUAAGAAUGGGCGAUUUAUUUUGAAAAGUUUUUGAUUCCCUUGACCCCGUAACUGAUUUUCUGAAGGGCCUUCAAAAACAGGUGCCAGGCGUUGAGAAAGAUUUUUCUGUUUAAUUUUAAUAAUAAUUAUUAUAGAUGAAUACCGGCAUUGAUCGAAGGGCGUGCUAAUCAAUAUUUUAGAUUUUUGGCAUCCCCAAAAAAAGUAUUUUUUUGUGAUAAAAUUUAUUUUUCAAAAUUAAUAUCAAAAAUCUUAAUCCUUCAAUCAUUACAUAUGUAUAAAUAUGUUUAGGAAUAUUGUGUAAAAAUUUCUAGUCGAUCAAUUUCACGGUUUCGGAAAAAUUUUCCACACUGCUAAUUGACUAAAUUAAUUGACUGUCUGUGACGCCUUUAAGGGGUGGGUAAGGUUUUCAUGGUAAAAAAAAUGACUUUUUGCGAAUUUAUUUCUUAAAUAUGAAUUGAGUAAUUUUAUUCGGACCUUUUCUACAUUAUUGAGCACACUUUUCACAAAAUAGUUUUUAGCAUACAAAUUUAAGACGCGUUUUUCUCAAAACUACUUUUUAAAUGGCCGGCAAAAACUUUUAACGAAAAAAAAUUAUCAAAGAACGAUGGGGGGAAGAUUUGACUAAUUUCUCUUGGUGUUUUAUAUUGAUAUAUGAUGAACAACGCAAAGUGUUUUUUUCUCAAGACGUUCUGGGAGAAGCUCUGUUACCGGCUUAUGCUGUAAUACUUGUGCAUGAAAAAAUUACCCUCGAUUGUCAAAAUUAUGCUCUAUAAAAUAUAAAAUAGGUUCAAACAAAAGUACUCAAUCCAUAUUUAAGAAAAUGUAUUUUUUACCUUAAUAACCUUAUCCACCAUAAGGCGAUUAUCUCGCCUUCUAUAACUAUAACUGAAUUCAAAUAAAUUUUAAUUUAACUGAAUUUAAAUAAUUUUGAAGAGUUUUGGAAGUUCUGAAUUCCGAAACCUUUCAUCUUUCUAACAGGGUUCCCGUGAAUAAAUUGUUUCUAUUUAAAGUUAAUAUUCAAUACGACAACUUUUAUUAAAUUUUUAAUGAAAUAAAAUUAAUUUGAACUUUUUGCAGGUUAUAAAGUUUUUAUUUUUUUUAUCAAAAAAAUUAAUUUCUUAUAUUUUCUAAUUUAUAUCCUUUAAAUUUCAUAUUCAUUAAUGAAGUCUUCGAUAACAUUUACAUACACACAUGUAAUUGUGUAACAUAACGUAGUUAGAUGCAUAGAAUGUACAAUACAUAAGCACAAUUAGAUUUAUGUAGUCAAACUAAAUAAAAUUAAUGCAAAUGAAAAAAGCGCUAACACAAUGAAGUCCAUGAAAUCGUUAAAAACGCGAAAAUCAUAUAUACACACACACACAAAAGUACAUACGACAUACAUAUGUAUGUAUGUAUAUGUAAAAGCAUGACAACAGAAAAGUAUACAUACAUAUGUACAUGUUAAAGAGAAGAAAUAAAAAAAAAUUAAUGAUAAUUAACAAAAAACAAGAAGCGAGUUAAGAAUUUUUCGAAAAUAACGGCUAAUAAAAAUUAACUGACGCGAAGACUAAAAAUUUUCGAAAUUUUAAAUAUGUAUUUUCGUAAUUGAUUGAAAAAUAGGUUUCUAGUAUUUUAAGCGAAAUUACGAAAUAAAAACUGCUAUUUCAUAUUUUUAAAUGCAAUGCACACACACACAGGCACGCAGACACAGGUACUCAUGUCUGACGGUAUUUAUAAAUUUCACGUGUUCCCUGAAAGUCUUCGAGCGAACGCAUCUGCAGCCGAUUAGCAAAAUAAACGCUCGGCAUUUCGAACCCAACAAGCAGCAAAUGAGCCUAAGAUAAAGAAAAAAAGCAGCAGAAGAGGAAGAAGAAGAGUAAACCAUAUAAGACGUGUUAUAAUACACACCAUCAUAUGUAGCAUAUUUAUUGCAUGUACUGUGUAUGUUUGUAUGUAAUAGCGAAAGCGUGUAGUAUGUAGGCAAAUUGAAUAAAAAAAAGUUAUAAUAAUAAAAAAAA